CUUGUUCUGCUUCUUCCAGCUCUCCACAUUCGCGAGACAGAGAGAGACAGAGAAAGAUGGCGGAGGAGAAGGAGGUUAUCCGGCUGGACCACGAGUCGGUGAUUCCGGUCCUGAAGACGAAUCUCAUCAUGACCUUGGCCGAACUCAUUGAGGAUCGUACUGAACGUGCUGAGUUUUUAAAGUUGUGCAAGAGAGUUGAAUAUACAAUUCGAGCCUGGUAUCUUCUGCAAUUUGAGGACUUUAUGCAACUUUACUCUUUCUUUGAUCCUGUGGAUGAGGGUCAGAAGUUGGAACAGCAAAACCUAUCGUCUGAAGCGAUUGAUGUACUUGAGCAAAAAUUUCUUGAUUACUUAUUUCAGGUAAUGGACAAGAGCCACUUCAAAAUUGCUACAAACGAAGAAAUUGAUAUUGCACUUUCUGGCCAGUAUCUCCUUAAUCUUCCAAUUAGAGUCAAUGAAUCUAAGCUUGACAAGAAGCUUCUGAAUAGAUACUUUACAGAGCAUCCUCAAGAAAAUCUUCCAGAUUUUGCAGAUAAGUAUGUUAUAUUCAGACGCGGCUUUGGGAUGGAUCGAACAACAAGUUGCUUUUUCACGGAGAAAGUGGACUUGAUCAUCACAAGUAUUUGGGCAUAUAUUUUGAAACUCACCAGGAUUGAGAAACUCUUGUCUAGAAGGUCAAGUGCACGUCAGAAGAGAGAUCCAAAGAAGACUGAUGAAAUUAUGACUGACGGAGAACAUGUAGAACGAAUUCGUAUAGAAAAUAUGAAUAUAAGUUUUCGCAAUCUUCUAAGCAAGAUUACUAUCCAAGAACCCACCUUUGACAGGAUAAUUGUUCUUUACAGGCGCUCAAGUUCCAACUCGAAUGCUGAAAGAGGAAUAUAUCUAAAGCAUUUCAAAAACAUUCCAAUGGCAGAUAUGGAGAUAGUACUUCCUGAAAAGAAAAAUCCUGGGUUGACUCCAGUGGACUGGGUGAAAUUUCUUGCCUCUGCUGUAGUUGGUCUGGGAGCUGUAGUUGGUUCUCUUGACUUACCUAAAGCUGAUCUAUGGAUUUUUGCGGUGCUUUCUACAGUGAUAGGUUACUGUGCAAAAACAUACUUCGCAUUUCGGCAAAAUCUGGCUACAUAUCAGAACUUAAUUACUCAAGCCAUGUAUGACAAACAACUGGACAGUGGGAAGGGGACUCUUUUGCACCUAUGUGACAAUAUGAUUCACCAGGAAGUCAAAGAGGUGAUUGUGUCCUACUUCAUAUUGAUGAAGCAAGGGAAAGCUACUAAACGGGAUUUGGACAUACGAUGUGAAGAGCUAAUAAAGGAACAGUUUCAUGCGAGCUGCAAUUUUGAUGUGGAUGAUGCAGUUGAUAAACUAGAGAAAUUAGGCAUCGUUUCUCGGUUGCAGGAUUCUCUUGGAAGCUACCAUUGUGUAGGACUCAAAGAUGCUAAUGAGAUUAUUGGAAGUACAACAGAGGAACUUGUCCUCAAGGCAAAACAUAGCACGAUUGCUUCCUGAUGUUUAAGGUGGAUCUCCGCUGCAAUGCAUUCACAUUAAACUGGAGUGUCUAACCUUUGGAGUUGUAUGUAUGCAAGUUAGUCCUCAAACCUUUCUGUGUAGAAGGAAGUCUCAGCAGCCACUCUAUACUUGCUAUCCGGAGUGUUCAUUUGUUCAUUUAAUAUUGUAAUUAUUGUUAUGCAAAUGCUAGAAGUGGUUGUGUGCCGCUGACCUGGAUAUAGGAAGGAUGGUGGCAGAAGUGGGUUUGUUUAGUUUCAUGUCGCUCGAUCUACAGAGUCCAGAAUGUUAAUCCUAGGAGUUCUUGACUUUGAGGAAUAAAUACCGUUUGGACCAAAACCAAACGGUAACACCUCUAUCAAAAGAAUGCACAGAUUCUAUCAA